GAGCCCAAGAACGAGCCAAUGCCCGCAACCCCCAGCGCCUACCGGGGCAGUCGUGCGCACGACAAACAACCGCACACUCCCUCUACAGCUACCGGCGUUCACAUGAGGCCUAAUAGGGCCCGAAGUGCCGGCGCUCCUCAGCCCAGACCGUUGUCUCUCGUGUCGCCCGAUUCGGACGGCAAUACAAAGCCAACGCCCCCUCGAAAGCCGGCGCACGUAAAGGCGGCGGCGAUGGCCCGGAAGGCCAACAAAGCGAACGCUAGGGACGGUGAUGUGACGCCUACCGGUGCCCCCGACCCAACCAUAUCCGUAGUAAUUAAUAGUAAUAAUAUGAGUUCCGAAGGGAUUGUCAAACAAAACUCUUCCGAAACUCCUGUGCCAUCACUGGAUACGCCAAAACCGAGCACCGAAUUGCCGGCGCUUAUCACUACUGAUACGACUAACGGCGCCGUCAGUGAUAAUAACGGGCCGUCGAAGUCGAAAGAGGUGUCGGAAGAGGACUACAAGAAGAUGAUGGCUGAGAGGCGCCGAAUCGCUAGAGAACAGGCAGAACGAGAGGCCGAGGCUGAGAGGCAACGGGUGCUGAAGGAGGCCGAGGAGGCAGAGGAGAGACAGCGCAGGGAAGAGGAGGAACAGAAGCGCUUAGAAGAGGAACAGUUGAGACUCAUUGAGAUCCAGAGGAAGGCAGAGGAGGAAAGACUGCGGAAAGCGAUGGAAGAGAACAGUCGUCGCGAAGAGGAAGAGAACAAACGACGCGCUGAAGAGCAGAGACUGAGACACGAGAAGGAGGAGAAGGAAAGGCGGGCUAAGGAUGAGGCCGAACAGCAACGUCGAGAGCUUGAGGAACGCCUGAAACGAGACGCCGCCGAACGAUUGGCCCGUAAAAAUAAAUUGGAGGCAAUUAUGAGCCGCACACGAAAGGCUGCGCCCACACCCCGUGCGGACACCUCCCCGCCCACCCAAUCGCCUAAUGAGACCCCUGAGCCGCCCACCACUGACUCGAACUGUAGUACACCUGAGAAGAACCGAGAGAUCCAUAAGAAUCACCAAAAUAUGAUGAAAAAUGAGCAAAAGAGUGACGAUAUGAUGAUCAUUACGACGAGUGAUAAGCACUCGACCCCUCCCGACCUUCUCGAGGGCGUCAAUAGAGCCGUAGAGUUGAAUAAUAAGCAAAAUAACGGACAGUCGUCUCCAACGCAUAACGGUUCCCAUAAUCACAAUAUCAAUAAUAAUAAUCAUAUCGAGAGCUUUGGUGUUUCGGAUAACUUAUUAGACCUGAGCGGCACAGGGAGUGCCAACUCAUCCAUAGAUCAAUUAAUUCACAUAAACUAUUCGCAGCCAAACACCAGGGAUGACCUGAACUCCAACUCACGGUUCGCCAACGGAAACGGUUUUACUAACGGCGCGAACGGCCAUAAAAGUCAAGAACAAACAGCCAUUACAGAUCUUCUCUCUUAAUGUCGACUACACUUCAGAAGCAUUUUUAUCUAAUUUUUAAUUUUACUCUAAUUUUAAUUUAAGAGAAAACAGU